AUGCAGACUCAAGACGUGUUUGGAGGGCUCGGGGGUCGUUACGGUCAGCCCAAAUUCGGUUCAGAUAAUACUGGCUUCAGUCAUGGUGCCUACAACACAAACCACGCUCCCUUUCACCCUUAUCCCGACCGCAACGGCCGAAAACCUACCGUCCCCUCCAUAGCCACCGCAGGCAAGGACCAGCCACUCUAUCUUCCCACUGAGCAAACCCCAGGCGGAGAUUUCAGCAUGAAUUUUACCCCCCUGCUGCCUUCCCAGCUGUUGGUCGGCAGCCCUUUCCAGCCCGGCUCUCCUGGUUCUUUCGCUUCCCCCCAGUUUCCGAGCUUUAAUCGUUUCACUACAGGAACCAAUGCUCUCCAUCACCAGACCCAACAGUACCAGCAAAAUCAGCAAGCCCAACUGGGCAGUCCUACUCAGGCGAAUGCAAACCCUCUUUCACCCCAGACCUAUCAAGCUGUCAUGUCUCCCGACACUUACACAGCUGGGUCCCCAACCGGCUUCUCUGGCCUCGGUGGUGCUGCAUUCGGACAUUACCAGCCCAUGGUAGGCAUGGGGAGCACAUGGAUGGGCAGUACUAGCCGUACUGUUUACUUGGGCAACAUUCCUGCUGAUACCCCAGCUGAGGAGAUACUAAAUCACGUCCGCAGUGGCCAAAUCGAAUCUGUGCGUUUACUUCCAGAGAAAAACUGUGCCUUCAUUUCGUUCCUCGACAGCAGCUCCGCAACGCAUUUCCAUUCUGAUGCCAUUCUGAAAAAACUUGCCAUCAAAGGUCAUGACAUCAAAAUUGGCUGGGGAAAACCAUCUCAGGUACCCACUUCAGUCGCUCUGGCUGUUCAACAGUCGGGUGCUUCACGCAAUGUCUACCUAGGAAACCUGCCUGAGGACAUUACCGAACUAGAGUUAAGAGAGGAGCUAGGAAAGUUUGGCCCAGUCGAUACCAUCAAACUCGUGCGGGAGAAGGCUAUUGCAUUUGUCCAUUUUCUCUCUAUUGGCCACGCUGUCAAGGCUGUGGCUCAGCUUCCACAGGACCCAAAAUGGGGACCUCCUCGACGUGUUUACUAUGGCAAGGACAGGUGUGCUUAUGUUUCCAAAACGCAGCAGCAAAAUGCUGCACAAUACUUGGGAAUUGCACCCGGGUACGCUCAUGUUCUCAACGGAGCUGAUCGGGAUUUGAUCUCCAAUGCUCUUGCUCAGCAGUCAGUUGCUGCUGCUGCAGUGGCGACGACUGCCGGUGGGGUCAACAACCUUGGGAAUCGUACUGUUUAUCUUGGGAAUAUCCACCCGGAGACGACCAUCGAAGAGAUUUGCAACGUAGUGAGAGGCGGACUCCUCCACCACAUACGCUACAUUCCCGACAAGCAUAUCUGCUUCGUGACAUUUAUUGAUCCGACUUCAGCAGCUUCAUUCUACGCUCUAAGCAAUCUUCAAGGGUUGAUGAUUCACAAUCGAAGACUAAAGAUUGGAUGGGGCAAACAUUCGGGAGCGUUGCCGCCCGCUGUUGCGCUGGCUGUGAGUGGAGGUGCUUCACGGAAUGUGUAUGUGGGGAAUCUCGACGAGAGCUGGAGCGAGGAGAGACUCAGGCAAGAUUUCUCCGAAUAUGGUGAGAUUGAGCUGGUCAAUACUUUGCGAGAGAAGAGCUGCGCAUUCGUCAACUUUACCAACAUAGCCAAUGCCAUCAAAGCGAUCGAGGCUGUUCGAUCUCGGGACGAGUACAAGCGAUUCAAGAUCAAUUUUGGCAAGGAUCGAUGUGGCAACCCUCCUCGUCAAAACUUGAACACGGCCAGCGGCGCGCAGGCACGGAUGCAUGGUGGAUUGGAUGGUGCUGGGUCCCCAGCAACCAUGAAUGGAUUUGAUCAUGCUGUUUCACAGUCGGGGUCAAGCCCAACCCGAUCCACGAUUCCGUUGGGACCCAAGGCGUCAAUGAAUGGGCAGUCGCAGCCUCUCCGGCAACAGACGCUUCCCACCACUCCAUCGGCAAUCCUCAAUGCUGGCAAUAACAACCCCCUGACCAUGUACUUGACACAUAUGUCUCAACAGCAACAGGCACAGGCUGAACAAGAGCUGCGGGACGAAACCAUGUCAUUCGCGGCAUUACAGCAGCAACAAAAUCAAGCAUUGGCGAACCAGCAAGCUGCUCUUUAUGGGGAGAUGCCCAAUGGCCACAGUGGCUUGGAUAAUGCGGCUCCAUCUCAUGUACCGCGACAGAGCAGCAUCAGCGGUGGAUUCGGAGCUGGAUCACUAAGCAACGGGGGAUCAACGACGGUGGGAGGACUGCUGGCACCUACCAAUACUGGUUUGGGAGCAAACAGGAGCGCGCACUCUCGCGCAGUGUCGCUUCCUGCCUUCUCCCAAGAGCUCUUUGGGGCCGGGCAAUCAACUGCUCCCGGACCAUCGUCUUCCCGAGCGUUUGGCGGACACGCACCGCAAGGAAGCUUUGGUGGAUUCGGAUCAGCGUUUGGGACAGGGUUUGGCACAAGUGGAUACAAUGGAUUGGGGCUUUCAAGCGAUAGCCGGGGAGGUUUAUCUGGAUGGGCAGAAGAGGAAGUCGGAGCCAAGUGA